AUGAGUUCAGUAAUUGGGAGUUACUGGUUGAUGCUAAUAGUGUUUACGUGUUGGAUUAAUGCAAAGAGCGGCGAAACUUUUGGGACAUUCGGGUUCGAUAUCCACCAUAGAUAUUCCGACACUGUCAAGGAAUUCUUGAACACCGAUAGGUUGCCGGAGAAGGGUACGUUUGACUACUACACCGCCAUGGCCCACCGCGAUCAUCUCUUCAAGGCCCGCCGCCUCGCCUCCGCCUCUGCAAAACCACCCGUCAUGACUUUCUUUGGUGGAAACGAGAGUUACUAUGUCAACGAACUUGGAUUCUUGCACUAUUCAUUUAUUAGUGUGGGUACCCCUCCUUUGACAUUUCUUGUGGCGCUUGACACCGGCGGUGACCUGUUCUGGUUACCAUGUGACUGUAUCACCUGCACACGUGGCUUAUACUACAAGUCUACAGGAAAGCUAUUGAAGCUAAACAUAUACAGUCCUAGUACAUCGAGGACUAGUGCGCCGGUUCCAUGCAAUAGCACAAUGUGCGUGAAACCAAAAAGAGGAUGCUCGUCGAGGCUCAAUGCUUGUUCUUACGAAGAAAUAUACAGCAACAGCUCAACUUCAGGGAUAUUGGUUAACGAUGUUUUGCAUUUGGGUACAAAUGUCAUUCCACAAGACAUUGUCGACGUCCCUAUUACAUUAGGGUGUGGAAAAACUCAAACCGGUUCUUUCUUGGACAGUGGUGGUAUUAAUGGUGUAUUUGGACUUGGUAUGGAUAAUAUAUCGGUCCCUAGCGUGUUAGCUAACAGAGGUCUCGUCGCAAAUUCUUUCUCCCUGUGCUUUGGCUCAGAUGGACAAGGAAGAAUUCUGUUUGGAGAUAAAGGGAGUCCACUACAAAAAACAACUCCCUUUAAUCUUCAGAAAUCAGUCCCGAAUUAUAAUAUCACCGUGACACAAAUUGCUGUGGGAAAUACCGCCACUGAUAUUGAAUUCACAGCAAUUUUCGACUCCGGAAUCGCAUUUACGUAUUUGACUGAGCCAGCUUACUCAUUUAUCGUAAAAACCUUCGAUUCUCUAAUAACCGAGACGCGCGCUCAGCCUCAACUUAUUUUCGAAUAUUGCUAUGCACUCAAAACAACUCAAUAUAGCUAUACCAUUCCGAAAUUGAUCUUGACGAUGAAAGGUGGAAGCCAGUUUACUGUUGUUUUACCAACAUUAACUAGGCAUACAUCACUGAAGGUGAGGAAUUAA